GCGUCCCAAAUGGAUAUACGCAAUCUGAUGUGUAUGACACUUAUAGCGAUGUCCGUGAAUGGCCAAAGUGUCUUUGAUAAGCCUAGCCUUCGGGAAAAAUGUCCAUUGGUUAAUGUGGAGGAGGUGGAACUACUAAUCAACUCCGCAGCCCACAAAGUGAUAAUGUCUUACUUAAAAGAUACAGAUUCUCAGUUCAAUCAAUACAGGACAGAAAUGUAUGAUCUGAAGAAGAUGCUGCAAAAGAACUCUUUGGAAAUUCAAUUGUUGAAAGAGAAAAUUGAAAAUCAAGAAGACUUGAUAAGGAAUUUGCAAAACAAUGUGGAGGCGCAGGCUGUUAAACAAGGUGCGCGACUCGUAAACGGAAGUUCUUUUAGAGAGGGUAGAGUUGAGGUCUACAAAGAUGGCGUAUGGGGAACAGUUUGUGAUGACAGUUGGGACUACAGUGAUGCCAAUGUGAUCUGUAGACAACUAUUUGGAUUAGUUGGAAGUCCGUAUUCUUAUGCACGUUUUGGACAGGGAGUUGGUAUCAUUCAGAUGGAUGAUAUCAAUUGCUACGGCUUUGAAAGCUCCCUAUUGCAGUGUACGCAUACAAAUCAUCUGAACCACAACUGUGGUCACUCGGAGGAUGCUGGUGUUGUGUGUAUGAGAGCACCACCUAUACGACUUUCAAGACAAUUAGAAUUUCAAGGACGAGUAGAAGUUUACAAGUACAGUGAAUGGGGAACAGUUUGUGAUGAUGACUGGGACCAUAGAGAUGCUGGUGUUAUUUGUAGAAGUCUAGGUUAUAGUGAACAUGGACUGGCUGUAUCAAAUGCAGUGUUUGGACAGGGAACUGGGUCUAUAGUCUUUGAUGAUGUGGACUGUAAUGGACGUGAAACUGGUCUAUCUGAAUGUACAUUUUCUUCAACUCACAAUUGUCAUCAUCCUGAGGAUGCCGGUGUAAUAUGCAGACUUCAACGGGAUAAUAUCAGACUGUCAAAUGGAACAUCUGUCAACGAAGGUAUUCUUGAGGUGUUAAUUAACGGAAAAUGGGGAGCUGUCUGUGAUAGUGACUGGAAUCAAAAUGAUGCGAAAGUAGCAUGUCGGUCUUUGGGAUACUCUGGAGGGGGGCUCUCUGCUGUAGCAAAUAUUUAUGGAGGAAAUGAACAGAUAUGGCUGGACGGAAUAAAUUGUAAUGGAAACGAGAACUCUUUGGUGGAGUGCUCCCAGUCAGUAAUCACAUUAAGGACCUGCAGCGUUAGAAGAAGAGCUGGAGUCAUCUGUUACAACACCGUAAAUGAAAUUAUGAAACUUCAGAAGGAUUCAUCUAUAGGCCACGACAUCAUAGUGACACCAACAAUAUAUAUAAAUGGAGACUGGACUGAAUUUUGUCGGGACGGAUGGGAUGAUUCAGCGGCUAAGGUUGUGUGCAGAAGUCUUGGUUACUCUGGUUAUGCUGAUUUAGUGGACAAAGGGCAAGCAGGAAUAAAUCAAAGAGAGGUUUUUAUGAACGUUGAUUGUACUGCAAAUGAGGAAACUUUGACCCAAUGCAACAUUGGCACAAUUGGCUUUGAACAAUGCAAUAAUACUAGCCCUGUAGGGAUAAAAUGUUAUGCUAAUGUUGAAAAGUUUAUUAGGCUAGUCAAUGGAACUACAAGAAGCGAAGGGCGUGUAGAAAUAUUUAUUAAUGGGGAAUGGGGAACUAUUUGCGAAAAUUAUUGGAGCGAUGCAAAUGCAGAAGUGGUGUGCAAAAGUCUUGGAUACUCAAGAACCUCGACUGCUCACCGUCAUGCCUAUUUCGGACCUGGGACCGGGCGUGUUUGGUUAGACAGAGUUCAAUGCCAGGGCACAGAGCCCUCAAUCUUUGACUGUAGACACACAGGCUACGGAAAAGGAUAUUGUGCACAUAUCAGUGAUGCUGGUGUAACAUGCUCAUAAUUCUUUCAUAACCACAAGUUACUGCUACCGUUUUGACCUUCUGCAAUUUAAUUAUGUGAUAUUGAGGAUGUCUGUAUUUGUAUUU